CGGCUCGGAGACCACAUUACUCGACCGCUACGGUUCCACAGCUGGUGCCACAGUAGAUACAGGUUCACUCCAGCAAGAUCUUUGGCUGGAGGCGGUACGACCUCGCGCGGCGCCGCCCAGCCAGAGCUUGAAGGCAGUGAAGUUUAGACCACAAAACAAACAAAAAUGGCCGAUGCGCCAGACUGCUCGCCGGAUGGCCCGGUGAACCUCGCGGACGACGAACAGCAGCCGACCGAGGAGGUCGGCGUUGUUGGUGGUGAGUCUCCCUGCGUUCCCCGCGCGCGCCGUAUACAGGCCGGCUCGCACCGCGCGCCCCCCCACCGCAGACACGAACCUCGGCGUCGUGAUGCUCGCGCUGCUGGUCAUGGGCCUCAUCAACUACUCGAUGCGCGACCCGUGCACGUGCUAG